AUGAACUCAUCUUUAGACAGCUUUAAAAGAAUCGGUAUCUCUAAGUGGUUGGUGGAGUCUCUAAACGCCAUGAGAAUUGAUACGCCAACAGACAUUCAGCGAGCUUGCAUUCCGGAAAUUCUGAAAGGAAGAGACUGUAUAGGAGGGGCUAAGACGGGUUCGGGUAAAACGAUUGCUUUUGCUGCGCCUAUGUUAACAAAAUGGUCAGAAGAUCCAAGUGGCAUGUUUGGUAUUGUAUUAACUCCGACUCGUGAGCUAGCUAUGCAAAUCGCGGAACAGUUCACAGCUCUCGGAAGCAGUAUGAAUAUUCGAGUCGCUUUGGUUGUCGGUGGAGAAAGCAUAGUCGAUCAGGCUAUCACGCUCCAGAAGAAACCUCACUUCAUAAUAGCAACGCCAGGAAGACUCGCGCAUCACAUUAUGAAUAGUGGAGAGGACACAGUUGGUGGGCUGAGUCGUGUGAAAUUUCUGGUCCUCGAUGAAGCAGACAUUUUGCUAACGAACACGUUCAGCAGUGACUUGACGACAUGCAUAAGGCGCCUUCCACCCAAGGACAAAAGACAAACGUUGUUGUUCACGGCUACGGUCACUGAUCAAGUGCAGAAAUUACAGAUAGCCCCCAAACCGAACGGAAAACCUUCCCUGUUCUCAUAUCAAGUCGAGUCCUUAGAUAAUGUGGCUAUUCCGUCAACCUUGAGUAUCGCGUACCUGCUUGUGCCUGAACAUGUCAAGGAAGCCUACCUUUUUCAAAUUCUAGCUAGUGAAAAGUACCUCGAGUCCACUGCUAUCGUUUUCGUGAACAGAACUGCCACUGCUGAGAUUUUACGAAGAACAUUGAAGCAUCUAGAUAUAAAAGUGGCAUCGCUUCAUUCGCAAAUGGCGCAACAAGAAAGAACAAACUCGUUGCAUAGGUUCCGCGCAAACGCAGCCCGUGUUUUGAUCGCCACCGAUGUGGCAUCCAGAGGUCUUGACAUACCGCAAGUCCAGCUUGUGGUGAAUUACGACAUUUCUGCCAAUCCUGACACCUUCAUUCACCGUGCAGGGCGUACUGCUCGUGCUGGAAGACACGGUGAUGCCCUCUGUUUUGUUACGCAGAGAGACAUUACAAGAAUUGAAGCGAUUGAGUCAAGAAUUAACACGAAGAUGGUGGAGUUCACUGAUGUUCAUGACACUGCUGUUAUAAGGAAGGCGCUGAACAAGGUGACUGCGGCGAAGAGAGAAAGCUUGAUGGCCAUGGAGAAGGAAGGAUUCGGUGAACGUCGGAAAACUCAGGCCAGGAAAAAGGACGGUAAAGGUUUUAGAAUCUAG